CCGCCUCCCGCCCUCCCCUGCCUUCCGGCCUCGGGCACCUCCGGCCCCUCUCAGGGGUGGUCUCUGGGCUGUGGCCCCUUUGGGGAGAGGGGCCCGAUCCGAAAGAAGCGACCUAUAGAGGUCUUCAGGCCCGCGUGGGCUGGCGGAGCGCGGCCCCUGACGGCCAGCGAGGCCUCUGACUCUGAGGAUUCUGGGUCCCAACGACUUGCCCACCCCACGAGCAUGUUCGCCUCAACCAGAGAGUUCAGGGCUCCAGUUCAACAGGCUUCCCUAAAUUCUCAGAUAGGGCCUUCCCCGCCCUAAGCAUACCCAGCAAGAGCAUGCGCUAUCCCUGGGCAAGGAGUGGACUUGAGAGUUGGGAUCUGGGAGGCGCGUCCUGGCUGAGUGCGUCCCCUUUGGCCCGGGUGAGGUCUAGGGGGAAGACCAGGAGGGUGCAGAAGCAAAAAUACCACCUCUCUAAGUACAACUUUGGGUGUGUCACUCGACCCUGGUGAGCCUCAGUUUCCACACCACAUCCAUAAAAUGGCGAUGUGUAGGCUACAAGUCUCCUGUGGUCGCGGAGGCUAGAAUUUGACUUUGGAGAGAGGAAAGGAAGAACGGAAGCCUGGUGAAGAGGCAGAGGCUUCCUCUGGAUUCUGGGAGUCAGAUGUUGGAAAUGUUGGGUGGAUUCACAAACUCCCGCUGCUCUCUGGGGCUUUCUGAAGCUCGCCUUUGAACUGAAUUUUGAUGAGCAAACCAGUGUGGCGUUGGUGGCCCCUCCCUUCCUCCAGGCCUCCUGGUGAUGGAAGCCUGAGGGAACCAGUCCUGGCAGCAACACUCCUGAAUUCCUGGUGAUGGGAGGAUGUGGCCCUUGGACCCAUUCCAGAAAGAGGUGCUGAGGUUUGCGGUCAGCUGCCGUGUCCUGACUUUGGUGCUGCAGGCUUUCUUCAAUGCCAUCAUCCCAGAUCACAGUGCAGAUGCCUUCACUCCUCCUCGCCUCGCCCCCUCAGGCUCUGUGGACCAAAUUGUGGAAGGUCUUCUGGGUGGCCUGUCUCACUGGGAUGCUGAACACUUUCUGUUCAUUGCUGAGCACGGCUACCUGUAUGAGCACAACUUUGCCUUCUUCCCUGGCUUCCCUCUAGUCCUGUUGGCAGGAACUGAACUGUUGCGACCCCUGAAGGGGUUGCUGAGCCUACGGAGUUGCCUGUUAAUCUCAGUAGCAUCCCUCAAUUCCUUGUUCUCCGUGCUGGCUGCAGUUGCACUUCAUGACCUGGGCCGUCUGGUUUUGCACUGUCCCCGCCAGGCCUUUUAUGGAGCGUUGCUCUUCUGCCUCAGCCCCGCCAAUGUCUUCCUGGCGGCGGGUUACUCAGAAGCUUUGUUUGCCCUCCUGACAUUCAGCGCCAUGGGGCAGCUGGAAAGGGGCCGAAGCCGGACAAGCGGACUCCUCUUUGCCCUCGCCACCGGCGUGCGCUCCAACGGUCUUGUCAACACUGGCUUCCUCGUGUAUGCUCAGUGCCGAAGCUUUUUCUCUUCUCUCAUGGUGCUGAAUCCUCUGAGAAGCCUCUUGAGGCUGCUGGGCUCUGUGUUACUGUCAGUGCUCACACUUGGCCUUCCCUUUGCCCUCUUUCAGUAUUAUGCCUAUUCCCAGUUCUGUCUGCCGGGCUCAGCUCGCCCCAUCCCCGAGCCCUUCCUGCAGUUAGCUGUGAACAGGAGCUACCGGAUCGCUGACGGAAAUGUGCCGCCUUGGUGCUCCUGGGAGCUCCCCAUCAUCUACAGCUACGUCCAGGACAUCUACUGGAAUGUUGGCUUUUUGAGAUACUAUGAGCUCAAGCAGGUGCCCAAUUUUCUACUGGCUGCCCCAGUGACUGUGCUGGUUGCCUGGGCAACUUGGACAUAUGUGACCACCCACCCUUGGCUCUGCCUUACACUCGGGAUGCGAAGGAACAAGAUCAAUAAGACUCUAGAGAAGCCUGAGCCUGGAUUCCUCAGUCCUCGGGUGUUUGUGUACCUGGUCCACGCUGUAGCGCUGUUGCUGUUUGGUGGUCUGUGCAUGCAUGUUCAGGUUCUCACCAGGUUUUUGGGCUCCUCCACGCCUGUUGUGUACUGGUUUCCAGCUCACUUGCUUCAGGAUCAAGAGCCGCUGCUAAGGUCCCUAGAGACUAUGCCUGGGAAGCCUCUUGCAGGGGACUCCCCACCAGGACAAAAGGUCCCCAGAAAUUCUAUCAUGGGACUUUUGUACAACUGGAAAACCUGUUCUCCAAUCACACAAUGCAUUCUAGGCUACUUCCUGACUUACUGGCUCCUGGGACUACUCCUGCAUUGCAACUUCCUGCCUUGGACAUGACCUGGAGUCUCAGGGGACAGACUGAAGCAGCCUUAACCCAGGGUCUGAAAGUACAAACACAUAUUGGCUCUACCUGCACUGCCCUGCCCUGCUAUCCCUUCUCUGUCCAUUAGAAGCACCCCCUUUCUCUCAUGUGCAUUCUCUUUCUCUCUUUUUUUAAAGAUGGGUUAGGAAUGGGAGAAGUGUGACUCACUAGAGAGCCCUUUCUGGUGCUGGCUAUGGCAAAUUUUAGAGUAGUAACUAUUCUUUGCAAGAGAAGAAAUCGUAUUUCAAGUCUGAAGUACACCUGGAUCUGUCUUGUCAAACAAGCAUAGUAAAGAUACUCUUUUUUUUUUUUUUUUUAAAGAUUUAUUUAUUUUUACAAGCACUGGGUACAGUCAGAAGUGCCGGAGGGUGAGAGAAUUCACCAGAGCAGGAAACAGAAGAGGCAGACUGACGAUACACUGCUGAGGGGAGCAGUGGGCGGCAGGAGAGGUCUGCAUGCCAUAUGGGACCCUCAACCGGUGGCUGGGGAUCGAACGGGUGCUGCAGAGGCUCCGGGCAGCCUCGCAACCCAGCGCUCAACCUCUGCGCCACCAGGGAGGCCCAGUAAAGAUACUCUUAUACUUGCCACUGAACCACAUGUAAAAUUAAAUAUAAAUUAUUGAAAUGUAAAUUUUAUCUCGGGCCUCCCUGGUGGCACAAGGGGUUAAGCAUUGAACUAUGAAGCAAUCUGCAGCCUCUGCAGCACGAAUUCGAUCCCUAGCCGGCCAGGGAGCAACCCAAAUGGUGCAGCAGACCUCUCCUGCCUCGCCUGCUGCUACACCCAGCAGUGUAUUUCAGUCAGUCUGCCUGUUCUAUUCCCCACUCUGGUGAAUCCUCUCACCACCCCCAUCCCCGCAUCUCUGGCCUGUACCCCAGCUCUUGUAUGUAUAAAUGAAUAAAUCUUUAAAAAAAAAAAAGGAAUGUAAAUUUUAUCGAAGGCCCUAAUUGGAGUAGUCUGAAUGUGGGGUGGAGGCCUGCAUAGUGUAGCAGAGGUAAUAAGUGAGAUUAGAUCAUCUUUUCUAAAUGGGAUAUUGUUUAUGAUGAUUUUUUUUAAUGAUUUGUUCAUUUAAAUGAGAAUUCUUAUAUGUGUGGGCCUCCCCAGUGGCGAAGUGGUUGAGCGCUGCGCUGUGAAGCUGCCCACAGCCUCUGCAGCGCCGGUUCAAUCCCCGGCCACCAGCGAGGGUCCCACAUGGCGCGCAGACCUCUCCGUGCCCGCUGCUCCCCUCAGCAGUGUACUUCAUCAGUCUGCCUGUUCUGCUCCCCGCUCUGGCUCUGGUGAAUUCUUUCACACACACACACCCCACACACCACACUUCUGACUGUACCCAGUGCUUGUAUAAAUAAAUCAUUAAAAAAAAAGUCUUGGGCCUCCCCUGGUAGUGCAGUGGUUGAGCACUGGGUUGCGAGGCUGCCCACAGCCUCUGCACUGCCAGUUCGAUCCCCGGCCACCAGCGAGGGUCCCACCCAAAAAAUAAAUAAAAGUCUUAUAUGUGCACAUUAAACAACUUUUGGUUAUACAAUCAAUGAAUUUCCUUUUGUAAAAUAAUACAAACUAUUUUGGGGGAAAAAAAUGGCACAGUAAGAAGAGCAUUGUGCAAGGAGGCUGGAGUCCUGGAUUCUAGACCUCUGGGUGAAACCACACCUACCAGCUGUGACCUUGGGAACAUUUUCAGAUCUUUAGUAGCUCUUCUGAAACUAGGGGGAAUGAUACUGUCCUUCUACCCCUAGUGGGAUGAUAUAAUUGUGGUGAGCCAUGUAACUUUUUAAAGGUCCUUUCAGCUCUAAGUUCUUCAGACCUACUUUUUUUUUUUUCCCCCCUAAAGAUUUAUUUGUACAAGCACUGGGUACAGUUAGAAGCGCAGCAGGGCAAGAGAAUUCACCAGAGCCAGAGCAGGGAGCAGAGCAGGCAGAAGGACCGAAGUACACUGCUGAGGGGAGCAGCGGG